UUGCCAUUUAACAGCUCAAGUGGCGCAUCACAACCUCUCGAAACGAUUCACCCUCCUCCUUCACACAUAGCGUUCAUCUGGCAGACAUAUCUCGAUGCAGUCGAUCCGCUUGUUAAGAUUUUUCAUGCGCCUUCUAUCCAAAGACAUGUCAUGAGCAUAAGUCAAGGCCGAAAGAUGCCCGACGCAGCUACGGAAUGUUUGAUGUUUGCUAUAUACUAUUCUACCGUGUUUUCUAUGUCAAUUGCAGAAUGUCGUGAGGAAUUUGGAGAAGAAAAAGUUCGUUUGUUGCAAAGAUACCGGGAGGGAGUCGAGCGAACUCUUGUUCGAGCAAACUUCUUGAGCUCAAAAGACAUCACAGUAUUACAAGCGUUUGUCUUAUAUCUGGUAAACACUCUUCCUGUGCAGCAGAGCGGAAGAUUUGAAGUGGCGUAUCUGAUGGUUUUAACGACAGAUCUGUGGACGCCUCGAUGA